CUAUUCCCCCCACUGACACCGAUGAUGGGGCACUAUUCCCCCCACUGAUACCAAUGAUGGGGCACUAUUCCCCGCACUGAUAUCAAUGAUGGGGCACUAUUCCUCCCACUGAUACCAAUGAUGGGGCACUAUUCCUGCCACUGAUACCAAUGAUGGGGCACCUAUUCCCCCCACUGAUACUAAUGAUGGGGCACUAUUCCUGCCACUGACACCGAUGAUGGGGCACUAUUCCUCCCACUGUGACACCAAUGAUGGGGCACUAUUCCUCCCACUGACACCAAUUACACUUGCUGACCUCUGUUCUAGUAUGGUGCUGCUGCAGCCAGCAUAUAUGGUUGCAGCAGCACCUCUACACGGCACACUUACCGGCACUGCGCCGCCCCCU